AUGGCUCAGGGAAAGAACAAGCGACUCUCUAAGGGAAAGAAGGGUAUCAAGAAGCGAGUUGUCGACCCCUUCACCAAGAAGGACUGGUACAACAUCAAGGCUCCCUCCACCUUUGAGAACCGAGACGUCGGCAAGACCCUCGUGAACCGAUCCACCGGUCUGCGACUCGCCAACGACUACCUCAAGGGCCGAGUGCUCGAGGUGUCCCUUGCUGAUCUGCAGGGCCAGGAGGACCACUCCUUCAAGAAGGUCAAGCUGCGAGUUGACGAGGUCCAGGGCAAGAACCUGCUCACCAACUUCCACGGCUUUGACUUCACUUCCGACAAGCUGCGAUCUCUCGUCCGAAAGUGGCAGACUCUGAUUGAGGCUAACGUCACCGUCAAGACCUCCGACGACUACUUCCUCCGACUCUUCGUCAUCGGUUUCACCAAGCGACAGGCCAACCAGGUCAAGAAGACCACCUACGCCCAGACCUCUCAGAUCAACCAGAUCCGAAAGAAGAUGACCGACAUUGUUGUCCGAGAGGCUUCCAACGUGACUCUUGCUCAGCUCACCGCCAAGCUCAUCCCCGAGGUUAUUGGCCGAGAGAUUGAGAAGGCCACUCAGAACAUCUACCCUCUGCAGAACGUCUACAUCCGAAAGGUCAAGCUGCUCAAGCAGCCCAAGUUCGACCUCGGAGCUCUGCUCGCUCUUCACGGAGGUGCCACCGACGACAACGGAAAGAAGGUCAACCGGGAGUUCAAGGAUGUCGUUCUUGAGUCUGUUUAA